CCAAGCUCAGGUCUAGGAUGACCAUGUGGCCUUGCAGAGCGAGAAAGAAGUGGGGCUCUCUGAAACAGCCACACCCUCUGUAAUGGGGUUUUUAAAGGGCAGUGCUGAUUGCUUGGUGGUGGGGAUGUGGUGGGGAUCCUCAGUCUUGGAGGUGAGCUAGACCUGGGCUCAGCCUGUGCCUGGCCACACCUGACUCCCGUUCUCCUGGAGCCCAGCAUGGUCCCUGGUCCUCAGCUCUCACACCACUUCCUGUCUCCCCUAGGGCCUCUGAACGAAUAUGGACAGGAAGGAGCUGCAUAGUGUGAUGGCUUCUAGAACCUUCUCCAGAGGGCACAGGGCCCCCAUAGGGCUGCUGAGAAGGCAGCAACCACUGAAGAGCAGCAGCCGUCUCUCUGCACUGCCCUGUGGGCGUGGGCCUCUACAAGGGCCACAAGGUGGCAAAGAACGUGAGCAAACCGAGGCACGGUUGCCGCCGCGGACCCUCACCAAGCACACCAAGUUCCUGCGGGACAUGACCCAGGAGGUGGGCGGCUUCCCCCGCUAUGAGCGGCGCGCCAUGGAGCUGCUCGAGGUUUCCAAGGACAAGCGGGCCCUCAAGUUCAUCAAGAAACGGGUGGGGAUGCACAUUCGUGCCAAGAAGAAGUGCGAGGAGCUGAGCAAUGUGCUGGCCGCCAUGAGGAAGGCAGCUGCCAAGAAGGACUGCGCCCCUCUCUGCGGAAUAAACUUUUUCAGAAAAAAAAAAAAAAAAAUCCUCUCUCUAUGCCUGGGUAUCUCAUGA